AUGGCGGCGCCCUCGGCCCCGCGGCCGCCCGGCCCCAAGGAGCCGCAGCCGCUCGUCAUCCCCCGGAGCGCGGCCGAGGAGCAGCGCCUCCGCCUCGAGCGCCUCAUGAGGAACCCGGAAAAGACUGUACCAAUCCCUGAAAAACUGAACGAAUGGGCACCGCGACCUCCCCCGGAGUUCGUUAGAGACGUGAUGGGUUCCAGUGCUGGAGCCGGGAGCGGGGAGUUCCACGUGUACCGGCAUCUCCGGCGGCGAGAGUACCAGAGGCAGGAUUUCAUGGAUGCCAUGGCUGAGAAGCAAAGACUAGAUGAGGAAUUCCAGAAGAAACUGGAGAGGAAUAAGAUGGUUGCAGAAGAGCAAACAGCAAAACGCAGAAGGAAGCGCCAGAAGUUAAAAGAGAAGAAGCUGCAAGCUAAGAAAAAUAAACUUGAACAAAAGAAGCAGGAAAAAGAACCAGAUCAGUCCCAAGAGCGAGGCAGCAGCGAGGACGACGAAGAGGACAGCAAGGAGGAGGAAGAGAAGGAAGAUGACGCUGAAGAGCCAAGUUUUGUGAUGGGAAGAGGAUGAGGCCUUUCAGGGACAGCUGGAAGCACUGUUCAUUGCUUUAUAUCCAGGAGCAUGAAAGCCUUUCAUCUCAGCCAAGCAGAACCCAUUGGCCGUACGUUACAUCUGCUUAACGGGGCAUGGCCUUCACGUCACAGGCCCGAGAGAUAGUGAUAGAGAAAUGCCAAAUAAGAGAUUUUUUUCUUAAUUGCCUGUAUAACUGCUGUGCAGUCUGCUCUAAGUUUGCUCUAAAGAGUCAGCCAUAAGUCUCUGUGACCCUGGAGUUCUUUCUAACAUGGCCCAGAGUGUUUUUCUGUCUGAAAGCUAAAACAUAUCCAUUACCAUUUAAGGGAAAUAUUACUGUGAAGGCUACGUAUUCUACUUAUGGCGGAGCUGGUAGCAGUGGGAUACAUGAAUCUAAGGGAAGAGUUCAACCUGAAGUAGAAAAGUGGUCUGUAGCCAGACUCUCCUGCACUGUGAGUGUUCUGAAUUUGGGGUUUUGUAUGGGGUCAUCUCUAACCCAAAGAAAUCAGUUUAUGUUGCUAGACAAGUUCUAUAGAUUUUUAAUCGGGAUCCCUUUUUUAUUGCUAAAACUUUUCCCUAUUGCUUUUCUUCCAUGUUUUUUAAAUUAAUAAAAGGGAUGUGUUGGAUUGU